AUGAAAGACUUCAACUUUGCCGCAGAACUUAUCACGCUCUACAUACUGCAGCAGAAAGAGAUUAGUGGUCUACCGGUAACCAAGAAUGAAAAUGUGAGCGAGUUGGUGGCAGACUUGGGAGCAGCUCUGGGAGUGGAGAUGAAGGAGACGGACAUCGGCGCAGCACACCGGAUACCCUCCUUCAGGACUGACCGGGAGCCGGUACUCAUCGUCCAGUUCUCAACCAAGGGGAUGAAGGAGCAGUGGAUCACCAAGGCCCGCCAGAAGAAGAGUCUCACGGCCCGAGAUGUCAACCAGCACUUCCCCAUCCAGCGAGUCUACAUCAUCGACCACCUCUCGCCAGAGAAUAAGCAAUUCCUAGCGAAGCUCAAGCAGAAGGGACGUGAUAUCGGCUACAAGUUUGUCUGGUCUCGAGAUGGCAAGUUUUUCGCGAGGAAAGCUGAAGGCGACCCUGUCAAGAAGAUAGUUACGUAUGAAGACUUGGACAAACUUAAAUAA